AUGCUCAGAGCUCCGGAGCUGCGGCCGGGGGAGGCGGGGGCGGCCACUCAGGCCAAGCCACUCACCUCCUUCCUCAUCCAGGACAUCCUGCGGGACGGCGGCCCCACGGCCAGCUCGCAGCCCCGGGCCCCACCGCAGCUUCCUCGCCAGCCGGUCCCCAGGCAACACCCAGAGCCGGAGCCGGAGGAGGGAAGAGGUGGCGCCAGGGCGCAAGAGGACGAGCGGAGUGCCCGGCCCUGCGCCGCGCGGGUGAAGGCCGAACCGCCGGCGGAGACGGAGUCAGAUAGGCUCUUGGAGACGUAUCUGUUGGACUGUGAAAACACUUCAGGCGCCUCGCCGAGCCUUCCCCAAACCCCCAAGCAGCCGCCAAAGCGCUCCCGCGCUGCCUUCUCCCACACUCAGGUCAUUGAGUUAGAGAAGAAGUUCAGCCACCAGAAGUACCUGUCCGCCCCUGAAAGGGCUCACCUGGCCAAGAACCUCAAGCUCACGGAGACCCAAGUGAAAAUAUGGUUCCAGAACAGACGCUAUAAGACCAAGCGAAAGCAGCUCACCUCGGACCUGGGCAGCCUGGAGAAGCACUCCUCCUUGCCAGCCCUGAAAGAGGAGGGCUUCUCCCCGGCCUCCCUCCUCUCCAUGUACACUAGCUAUCCUCACUACCCCUACCUGUACUGCCUGGGAGGCUGGAGCCCAGCUUUCUGGUAACACCAGCUCAGACAACAAGCAUGCGUGAUCAGAAACUGCCUUCCCCAGGCUGUCUCUCUGGAAAGCAAAAGGGGCCAGGCCCGGUCAGGGAGAACUGGGGAACAAGAGACAUGCAGACCAAAACUGUUGGUGGUUUGCAUGGAAAUCCAGAUGCUUCACUGGUGGGCCAAUGAGAGAUCUGGGCUGGUGAAUAAUUUAAUAUCCAAAUAGUUUCCCCAACACGAAACGUAGGUCAUUUUUGCUUUUAGAGACCUGCUUGAAGUGGGGAGGAAUCAAGUCAAGCGCUGCUUACAGCACUGUGUAUGAUUUUGUAUGAGCCGCCCACACUGCUUCUGAGGAGGCCGUCCCCACAACUCCGUCCUGGGGUAUAACUGAGUGUUGACACUGAAAGAGCAAACCUGAGGGAGAAGGGGCAGCCAAGAUGAGGAUGUCACCUACUGAAUUAGACUUCAUUUCAAAAGCCUCGUUGGCCUUGGAAUAGGACUAAGUUUUCUCUCUGUCCCUCUAAGAGAGAGGAAAAUAGAUGUCACUGAGAAACCCAUCAUGCUCAGCGCACAAUGGCUUGGGCUAUGGAGAUGGGUCAGAGGACGUGGAAAUAUAAGCUGAUUAUUUCUUUCGGAAGAGUAUGCCAACUUGAGUGUUCACAGGGUGGCCCAAGUGGAAGAAGAAGCAGUCGCUGUGGGUUUAAGACAAGCUGUGUAAACAGAACUCCACUGUAAGAAGUGGCCCAGGCCAGAAGAAUCUCCGUGUGUCUGAGACAGUGGCUAAAGGACAGGUUUCCCACUGCUGCAGGGAGCAUUGAUAAUUUUAUUAGCAAAAGGUAGAAAAGCCUCUCCUGGACCUUUUUGCCCUGGGCCUGAGAAUUUAGAAUGAGAAGGUUUCUGGAGUUUUCAGGCUACAACUCAUACCACAUCAUGACAUAAUUCUUUUUUUUUUUUUUUAGAUCACAUAAUUCUUGACUCUAGGCGCCUUCCUUCCCUUCUUUUAGUUUUGUUCCUUUUCCACAGCAGUCACCCACUGAAAGGCUUCUUUUCAGUCCAGACUUUUAGUCUGGCUGCACCUAACAUAUGCCUUUCUUAAUUAGGCUGAGAUCUUGUCUGUUUUUUUCCCCCCCAAAACUUUAUCUUUCCUGUUUUUUUCUUCCCCCCCCCCAAGGCAGAGUCUGAAUUGGCUUCAAGACAUGCAUUUUUUUGGGUAUUUAACAAUUCUUAUUUCUUUCCUUUAAAAAUAUACAGCAUUAAAUCCCAAAUCCUAUUUAAAGAUUUGACUGCUCUAGAGGGUCACUGCUGCUUUUAUAGGACUUGCUGGUGGCCAUUGAAAGUCUGAUGACCCUUUGGGACCCCUGCAGGAAGAGGAGGUAAGAGGUAUGGCUUUCACACACACACACACACACACACACACACACACACACACACACGGAAGAACGCUGCAAAAUGCAGGGUUGGUACCAUUGAGAUGUCUAGUGGAAAUUGAGGGCUCCUGGGGGGCGGAUGUGGAAGAAAAGGCGGCCUGGGCUUUAGAAAGCUCAGUCCCCUGAUCAGGCUGACAGAGCGGAGAGCACUUUGCAAGGAGAGGCUAAGAAAAAAGAAACCGUUUUCAAAACACAUUACUGUGGCUUCCAUCACUAAACAACAACAGCAGAAAACUCCACAUGCUUCGGGAACUGUAUUUAAUGCCUAUAAAAAAACAAUAGGUGCCCCAAAUGAAUCACCUUGUGACUUCAGAGAGAAUGAGAAGCGGGCAAAGGUGAAAUGUGGCCACCCUUCUGUUUGCAUCCUAUUAUCUCAGGUGACCUGGUAGAGAGAGACAUUGGAAUAAAAUAAAAUAAAAAAUUCAGAACUAAUGAAAUACCCUGAAGCCUGGAAAUCUCUUGAUCCCACCACUUAAUUCUGUUUAGUGAGGAAUCUUUCAAUUUCCCCCCAUUGAGAGCCAAUUUACUAUUGGUGGCGAAACUGCCAAAGUUGAGAGAAAGUUAGCCCGGUUCACCCCACUUUCUAUCAUUCAGGCUCCACGUCGAAAUAUUGUAAAAUGACGCAGGCUGCUGACAGCAUUUGGGAGCACAGAAAGCAGCGGAGCCUAAAUUGCUGUUUCCUUUUCACAUGUCUCAUAAGAUACGUGUUCAGUGCUCACUCUCUGCUCAGUACCCUUUCUCUCCCCACCCUCGGAAUUUAAUUCUUUCGGCCUGCAAUUCUGCAAGUAUUAAACAUUUUACUGUGAUGUAUAUUGUGUUACAGGAAAAAAAAAGUUCAUUUAAAAUUAUUUGGUCUGUGAAUUCAUCUUGUAGUUCCCCCAUUGGAAGUCAUCACUCAGCUAUAUCUGAACUGGUAGAACAACAUUUGAAGAACUAGUAUGUUGGAAUCUGACAGGUGAACGGGAGGGUGCCCCAGACCAUUUUACCCAGACGGCCUCUUUCUAUCCUAUGUAAUACGUUAGUUUGGGUUCUCCAUGUGCAUCACAAACCCUGCUCCGAUUUGUAACAAAAAGGCCUGUGACUUGAGAUUUAAUAAAGUACCCCCACCAAACUUUAUUUUUCUAUGUAUUUUUUUGCAACAUGAGUGUUUUUACA